UCGAUUCAGAGUAACACAAUGGCAUUCUUCGACGUAAUAUCUAUGGUCACAUUGUUCUCAUUAGGAUGUCUGAUUCAUGGUACUAGUGGCGAUUUUGAAUGUAUAAAAUGUGAAUACGACGAGUCUUGGGCUAGUAUUUUUUCAGACUACGACUGUGUCACUAACCCGGGGUCCAUGGAGACGGCCACUUGUUCUACAACGUGCUAUACGUGGGCAUACUACAGUGAAGACCUGUUUGGUCAGUAUGAUUUGAAGGUGGAACGAGGCUGUGCGUCUUUGGAACAGAACAGCACGUGGUCUGCUAACCAAUGUGACGAGUACGAUGACGUAGAUUCCUCGGAGAGCGCCUAUGUAUGUACAUGUGAUUACGAGGACAGCUGUAAUGCCGAUGACUCGGAUUAUCACCAGUGCUACUACUGUGAAACGAAAGUCAACGACUACACAUGUAAAAACGACUUAGUAAAUAACCACGAGCCAAUAGCGUGCCUCACUGGACAUUCUGGAUGUGGUACUAGAACUGUAGCCUACAACACAUGGCUGUUCACCGAUGAUGCCGAAAGAUACUGUACUGACGAAGAAACUACCGACGCCGAUGGUGAUUGCACGACCGAUAAUUCGGGAUUUGAGACCUGUCUCUACUACUGUUCCGGAAAUGCAUGCAAUGACAUUGAAAACAUCGCCAGUAGAUCCACUAUCCCAACCACAUUGAUAUUUACCUAGAUUAUAGCAUCCCUUGUACCCUGGUGAAACCACUGCUAACCUGAGCGAUAAGCGAGUAACCUUAGUCGCUCUCAACACACAGUAGCAUAGAAAAGUCGCCUGGUUAUUUCCCCCGAUUAUUUUGUACUUGUUAAUUAGUUCGACUUGUAUACAGUCUCUUUUUUAAUUCUUGGUGAUUUUUUUUCAUUUAAAUAAAAUAUUAUGGGAGCGUAUAAACGGCGAAAGCCGGGUUACCGCCGCGAAAGCCUGCUUACCGAGAAAUAAACAAAAUAACCAUAAACAUCAUGAAUGUAUAUUUCGCAGUAACCCGGCGUUCGACAUUUAUAUACUCUCAUUAACAUACAAAUCA